GGUCAGCUGCAGCAAAGGACACGAAAUUAUUAUGCCUAAAUCAUCGGUUACAAAGGAAGGGCUGGAUCAUUUUGUGUAGAAGAUCUAAGAGAAGCAUUUGCCGGAACUUAGUUCAAUUUUUAUACACGGAACAGAUACAAAGACAUCGACUGCAACAAGUUCUGAAAUUCCGUCACCAGGACUACUCAGGACUCUAUUUCCCAGCAGAGUUGGACUUUAACAGCCCCCUAACUACAGCACCGUACAAGAGCCUAUCAACAUAUCCCUCUCUCUCUCUCUUCAUCUCCGCCAUGGAAACAGACUCUUCUAUCGAGAACAGAAGCGUGAAGAAGGAGAAGAAGAAGAGCAAGAAGAGCGAUUCUUAUUCCGAGGAGUUUGUGUUCGAUGAUUCGGAGGAGAAGAGCAAGAAGGAGGAGGAGAAGGAGAAGAAGCGGAAGGUGAUUGAGGAGGAAGAGGAUAGGAGUGAUGUGAGCUCUGGGGAGGAGAAGAGUAGGAAGAAGGUGAAGAAGAUGAAGGUGGAGGAGGAGGUGAAGGAGGAGAAUCCGAAUGCAUUUCGAAGCCGUUGAGGGAGAAUGGGAUUGAGGCGUUGUUUCCGAUUCAGGCGAUGACGUUUGAUACAAUUCUUGAUGGGACUGAUUUAGUUGGGAGAGCUCGGACUGGUCAGGGUAAAACCUUGGCGUUUGUGUUACCCAUAUUGGAGUCCUUAACAAACGGAGCCUUAAAAACAUCUCGAAAGACUGGUGAUGGGAGAUCUCCAAGUGUACUCGUGCUAUUACCCACAAGGGAGUUGUCAACACAGGUGGCUGCAGAUUUCGAAGUCUAUGGUGGGUCUUUGGAGCUAAAUUCGGUCUGUUUGUAUGGUGGAGCACCCUACAACAAUCAGCAAAUACAGCUGAAGAGAGGGGUUGAUAUAGUUGUGGGAACACCUGGUCGUAUAAAGGAUCACAUUGAAAGGGGAAAUGUUGAUUUUAGUUCAUCAAAGUUUCGUGUCCUUGACGAAGCUGAUGAAAUGCUGAGGAUGGGUUUUGUUGAAGAUGUUGAAUAUAUUCUAGAAAUCUCGCUGGAUGUGGUUUCACUGGCGGUGUCCCAUAUUCCAUAUCACUAAUGACUAAGAUCGAGAACAUUCGCAAUCAACUACAGGGCCAGCUAAAUGACAUGUUUGGAUCGCUUUCAGCUCUCUCUAAUUUCAUAUUGGCCACCUUUCUCUCAUGAAAUUUGCUUUCUGUUGAUCUACAUUGCAAGGACAUUUCAAUUUUUCACUUGCCAGGAUUUGAGUUUUUCCUUGACACAAUGACAUGUAAUCUUCCUUGAACCAGGGAUAUCUCUUUUAAUUCCAUGAUAGGUGAUCUUCCUGAAAGUUUUACCGCUCCUUCAAGUAUGGCCAAUAUGUAUUUGCAAAACAACCAGUUUACAAUCUCCAUUGAUGUCCUUACUAAUCUUCCCCUGCAUAAUUUGAAUAUUUGAAAUAACCAUUUCAGCGGUUGGAUUCCUGAAAGAUUAAAAAACAUAAAUAUUCAGAGAGAGGGCAACUCAUGGAGUUCCGGUCCAGCACCACCUCCUCCACCUGGAACUCCUCCAUCCAGCAAUAGCAACCGAAAUAGAAAACAAAAUGACAAAAAAAACUCAUCAGAUGGUGGUGGAUACAAGAAAUCAGGUAUAGGCGGUGGUGGUGUGGCAGGAAUUGUGAUAUCCAUUUUAGUUGUUGGAGCCGUGGUUGCAUUCUUUGUAGUGAAGAAAAGGUCCAAAAGAUCAUCUGCAGAUGUUGAGAAAGCUGAUAGUCAGCCUUUCACUUCUUACGCUUCACAAGAAGUCCAAGGUUGGUGCAAUGGCCCAUGGGAAAAUUGAAAAGGAGUUUGUAGACGAUUUUAUAUCAAUUUCUGGCUCCCCAUUGAGUACGGUAUAUUGUAUAUCAAAGAUCACAAAUGCUUUGGAACGGAAAUGGAAAAUUCUGUAACUCAUUGAUUCAAGAGUCUUGCAGUUUGGCCAAGAUAUAAGCAGUGGCAUACACUUUCUUUCUGUAUAUCCAUUAAAUUUUAGUUUAUUAUGUUUUUUGGCAUCUGGAUAUUCGGCUGUUGUUUGCAAUGAGUAAUAUACCCUUUCCAUCCCAUAAUUUAUACCCUUUCCAAUGUCGUUUUUCACUAAUUUUCUUCGGAACUUAGCUCCAACCUUUGAUAUUCAUUCUAUUCUUUCCCACCAAACUAGAUAACUAGAUCCAGACAUAUUUGAGUUCAAGAAGGGUGCCAUUUAGUCUUUGUUGAUCAGUUGAUAUACUUUGUUUGUUUUAUUUCAAUGAUAUAUGUGUGACACAUAAGCAAACUAUUUUCUA